AUGAUUUACGGGACUGAAAACCAGCUUACGGUCCCUAACGUGGACCUCUUGACCCUUCUCUUUGGCUCUCAAGACUCGGAACACAGCAACUCUGGCGAGCACACCGCCCUCCAUGCCGAGGCUCACGACCCCCUGCAAGUCAUCACCAAGGCCCGGGCCCGAGACCUGACCCGGCAGUUCGCCUACUUCUUCCGCCACUCGUACGGCAUCGGCGGCGAACAGGACGACGACGUCGUCGUAGUCGUCUCCACCGGCCAGUCGGCCCUCGCCUGCCUAUUCUUCGGCGUCAUCGCCGCCGAGGGCAUCUACUCGGCCGCCUCGCCCAGCAGCACCCCGGAAGACAUUGCUCGCCAGAUGCGGGACGGUCCCGGCCGCGUCCUCGUCUGCAGCGCCGACCGAAAGGCCAUCGCCCUCGCCGCCGCCGCCGAGGUCGGCCUGCCCGAGCGCAACGUCCUCGUCCUCGAGUCCUAUCCCCGUGUCGCCCUCCAGAGCGCCGACGGCGCCGUUCGGUGCGACUUUCGGGGCUCGCUGCCGUGGACCGCCAUUACCGAUCCCCGGGAGCUGGAGGACCGCACCAUCUGCAUCUUGUACUCGUCCGGCACGACGGGCCUGCCUAAAGGCGUCCUCAUCUCGCACGCCAACAUUGUCUCGGAAGCCUUCAUCCCCGCCUCGGUCAACCGCCCCAUCUACGACAAGCUAUGCCGAGAGGGAAAAGGCUUCGCCCGGCGCACCCUCGCCCACCUGCCCACGGCGCACAUCGCAGGCGUGCAGGGCUACUUCAUCACGCCCAUGUUCGAGGGCGGCAUUGUCUACUGGAUGCCGACCUUCAAGCUCGAUGAUUUCAUCCGCUACGUGCCCGAGCUCGGCAUCACCUCGCUCUUCUCCGUGCCCCCCAUCUACGCCGCCAUUGCCAAGCACCCGGCCAUCACGGACCAGUUUGCCUGCAUCCGCCAAGCAGCCGGCGGCGCCGCCCCCCUCAGCCGCGAGAUUCAGCAGGCCGCCAGCGACAAGAUUGCCCCCGGCUACAUCGUCGGCCAAGUUUAUGGCAUGACCGAGACGACUGGCGCCAUCACGUACACGCCUCUCGGGCGGACUGACACCAUCGGAAGCCUGAGCCCGUUGCUGCCCAACAUGACGCUGCGCAUCGUAGACGAUGACGACAAAGACGUGCCCUCCGGACAGCCGGGCGAGGCGCUCGUCAAGGGCCCCGUGGUGACCAAAGGGUACCACAAUAGGCCAGAGGCCAACAAAACAGCCUUUCUGGCGGACGGCUGGUUCAGAACCGGCGAUGUGCUCCGCGUAGAAAAGGGCUUGCUCUACCUCGUCGAUAGGAAAAAGGAACUCAUCAAGUACAAAGGCCUCCAAGUAGCACCCGCUGAGCUUGAGGGCGUACUAAUGGCCCACCCAUCCGUCGCCGACGCCGCCGUGAUAGGCUUGAUGCAGGGGAGUGAGGAGGUGCCACGCGCCUACGUCGUUCUCGCCCCCGCCGUCCGGGGCAAGACGUCCGAGGCGGACCUCGUCGCCUACGUCAAGUCCAAGGUGGCGGCCUACAAGCAGCUUCGAGGCGGCGUGGUCCUGGUCGAUGCCGUGCCACGCAGCCCUGCUGGCAAGAUCUUGAGGAACGAGCUGAGGGAGAUGCAGCGUCGCCAGCUGCAGGGCCAGUCCAGGCUGUGA